CGGUGGCUGGUGGGAAGCGCCAUAAUUUCUACAAUGUCGACUGAACUAGUGGAAGACGAGUCUCAGUUCUACUGUAACGCAAAGAGGUACUGGAAGAAUGUUCCGCCUACAGUGGACGGGAUGCUGGGCGGCUACGGACACAUCUCCAGCAUUGACAUCAGUGGCUCCAAAAGGUUUCUACAGAGGUUCCUUCGAGACGGUCCUCAUAAGAUGGGCACAUCAUGUGCCCUAGACUGUGGGGCUGGCAUAGGUCGCAUCACCAAACGUCUCUUGCUGCCAAUAUUUAAAACCGUAGACAUGGUCGACGUCACAGAUGAGUUUCUAAGCAAAGCGAAGAGUUAUCUUGGGGAAGACGGGAAGAGGAUAGGCAACUUCUACUGCUCCGGGCUGCAGGAGUUUGCUCCAGAGCCAAACCGCUAUGACGUCAUUUGGAUACAAUGGGUGAUAGGACAUCUGACAGACAGCGACCUGGUGGACUUCUUAAAGCGCUGCAAAGCUGGCCUAAGACCCAACGGCAUAAUUGUCAUCAAGGACAACAUGGCCACAGAAGGCGUCAUUAUGGACGACGUGGACAGCAGCAUCUGCAGAGACCUGGACGUGGUAUGCAGAGUCAUCAGACAGGCCGGCCUCUCCGUCCUGGCCCAAGAGCGACAGGAGAACUUCCCUGAUGAAAUCUAUCACGUCUACUCCUUUGCCAUGAGAUAAAAGAAACGGCACGGGCUGCCCGUCAAGUCCUAACCAUGACCCGUCCACAGUAGACUGCUUUUCCAGGAAAGCUUGUUUGUGAGCAUGCUGAGUUUUAGAAACUGGACUACGGGAAGAAGGAAACUUGCAGAGUGCACA